GUCUGACCUAGCUGAAAACGAAACUAGAAUUUUCGGAAAAUCCAAAUUUAGUUUUAACAGACAGAAAUAAUACGGAUAAUAUCAGCUCAUACAGCCGAAUAUUCUGAUAUCGUAUUAGUUUCCAGAAUGUCACAAGAAAAGAAAAUAGGAAGCAGCAGUUCUGAAAAAGAAGAACUAAAGGAUAAACAGACGUUGAUCAACAAAGAAUUUUGUGAAGAAAAUGGAAUCGCAGACCUAACACUGAUUGUAGAGAAUCACAAAAUACCACUUUGUAAGUCGGUGCUAUGUAUAGCAUCCCCUGUGUUUCGUACCAUGCUAGAAGGUCACUUCCGGGAGAAAACGGAGACUGAGAUACCAUUGCCCGGGAAAAGAUAUGACGACUUUGUGGAGUUCCUGAGAUGUAUUUAUCCUGACAAGAUGCAGAAAGUAACCGAAAGAAACGUGUACAUGCUUCUUCCUUUGGCUCAUGAAUAUGACGUAAGAAAUAUGAUGAAACGUUGCCAAACCAUACUCGUGAAAACAGUAGAGAAAAUGCACAUAAGGGAUGUGAAGCAAUUGUACCGGCAUAUUCAUUUGUCUGAAAUGUAUAACCUAGAAGAACUAAAGGAAAGGUGCAUUUAUCUUGCUUCAGAGAAUACUCUUCAACAGUUCAAAGCAUCAAGAACAAUAUACCAAAUAUCAGAUGCGAGUCAUUACAAGAUUAUAGAACUAGCUCUGAGGAGACAUGAGCUGGAUAAAGCUGAUGAAAAGGACUUUUAUGUCAAAACAAACAUAUCACAUAUUUUUUCUAGAGAAGAAGUUAGUUUCAAUCUUCAUGGAAGUUUCUACAUGGAUUCUAAAAAUGAGACGGACUAUUUGAAAUCAUUACGAAUAGGUGAAAGAUACGGACUUGAAACGGGCGACAAGAUUAUCAGCUCAAUACUACGUCAAAAAGCUCGAGACAUAUAUUUUGACAACAUAGAAGAAUUUGACCUUCUUCCAGAAAAAAUUAAAUCUGCUUUACAAAAAAAAAAUUGAAUAAAUGUGUUAUAUAUAGACUAAAAAAUUGACACAUGAGUAACAUAGUUCGUUUGAUAUGUACUAAUUGUAUGAAAUAAUAUUUGUAAAACAUUUCAUCUACACAGGACAAGAAUAAAUUCAAUGUACGUUGUAUUCAACAUCUUACAACGUUUUGCUUUAAUUUAGCAUGCACAUUUGCAUCUUAGAAUUGUCAUGUCUUGAGCAUAUUCUUCAGUUUGAUUUGAGUGUUUUUUUACGUUUGUUAUUAAAGCUUGACGUCAACUAAAAAGCUUUUCCUCUUUUCAAUUAUUGUCA